GUGGCUGCCCCACUGCAAAUAAAGGGAGAUAACGGGCCGUGAGUAGCGGCUGAAAACGUUUUAUACUGACAUGUUAGAGCAAUGACUUUUGCGUAACCGCGUAAAAUCUGGGACUAGGCUCCCAGCACGAGGAUGAUAUAGGGUUCUUACGGGAAUAGGAACAAGAAACGAUUGCCACUGCCCGUUGGGAAAAAGAAAACGGCGAAUCCGUUGAAGUUUAGAAAGAGAGAGUGAGCAGGAUUCUCAAAAUUGAAAGCAAUCCAAAAACAUAGCUGCGGUGGAAGAGCGAGUGUACCCAUUUGAAAGAUGAGCUUGAUGUCUGCCAUAGACACCAGUGCCUCCGUGUACCAGCCUGCACAGCUACUGAAUUGGGUAUACCUCUCUUUGCAAGACACUCACCAGACCAGCGCUUUUGACGCCUUUAGACCCGAACCCAACUCUUCCCACCCAGAGCUGAACUACUGCAAGACUCCUGCGGCGGACCUGAGCUCGUCCCUAAACUCCAACUAUCUCAACAACUUUUUUCAGCUCCAGCGGAAUGAGGCGUUGAAUAACAGCGUGUAUAAGAAUGUCUCGCCAUACGGCUCACUCAACAACAUCGUUGAUGGACUCAACACCCUGACAGACCACUUCUCCGACCUUUCCCUCUCCUCAGAGUCCCGCAAGCCAAGUAAGAGACCCCCGCCCAACUACCUGUGCCACCUCUGCUUCAACAAGGGCCACUACAUCAAAGACUGCCCCCAGGCAAGGCCUAAAGGUGAGGGUCUAACUCCGUACCAGGGGAAGAAGAGGUGUUUUGGAGAGUACAAAUGUCCCAAGUGUAAGAGGAAGUGGAUGAGUGGCAACUCCUGGGCCAACAUGGGACAAGAAUGUAUCAAGUGCCACAUCAACGUCUACCCACACAAGCAGCGUCCAUUGGAGAAGCCUGAUGGCCUGGACGUCUCAGACCAGAGUAAGGAGCACCCUCAGCACCUGUGUGAGAAAUGCAAAGUCCUGGGCUACUACUGCCGACGAGUGCAAUAAUACCUUACUAACCUGAACCCUCCAAUUUCCUCAAAAAGAGAGGAACCAUUUCAUGUCCCUCGCCUCCUCCUCCGUCAGAGGGAAACUUACCAACCCUCCUGUACUGCCUUCCCAUUUUCCUCUUCCCGCUCCUGGGAAAGAGCGGAACCUCACUGUCCUCACCAAUACUGCCUCCCUUGCCUCCCAUCCUUCUCAUCCUUUCUCCCCCUCUCCAAAUCACCUUCCAUCACCUCUCCCUCCCCUCCAUCACCUCUACCUCCCCUCUCCCCAUCACCCCCCCCUCCAUCACCUCUAACUCCCCUCUCCCCAUCACCACUCCCUCCAUCACCUCUACCUCCCCUCUCCCUCUCUCCAUCACCUCUCCCUCCCCUCUCUCCUCCAUCACCUCUACCUCCUCUCUCCCCAUCACCACUCCCUCCAUCACCUCUACCUCCCCAUCACCACUCCCUCCAUCACCUCUACCUCCCCUCUCUCCUCCAUCACCUCUACCUCCCCUCUCCCCAUCACCUCUACCUCCCCUCUCCCCAUCACCUCUCCCUCCCCUCUCUCCUCCAUCACCUCUACCUCCCCUCUCCCCAUCACCCCCCCUCCAUCACCUCUACCUCCCCUCUCCCCAUCACCACUCCCUCCAUCACCUCUACCUCCCCUCUCUCCUCCAUCACCUCUACCUCUCCUCUCCCCACCACCUCUCCCUCCCCUCUCUCCUCCAUCACCUCUACCUCCCCUCUCCCCAUCACCCCCCCUCCAUCACCUCUCCCUCCCCUCUCUCCUCCAUCACCUCUACCUCCCCUCUCUCCUCCAUCACCUCUACCUCCCCUCUCCUCCAUCACCUCUCCCUCCCCUCUCUCCUCUAUCACCUCUACCUCCCCUCUCCCCAUCACCACUCCCUCCAUCACCUCUCCCUCCCCUCUCCCCUCCAUCACCUCUCCCUCCCCUCCCCCAUCACCUCUCCCUCCACUCUCCCUCAUCACCUCUCCCUCCCCCUCUCUCCUCCAUCACCUCUACCUCCCCUCUCUCCUCCAUCACCUCUACCUCCCCUCUCUCCUCCAUCACCUCUACCUCCCCUCUCCUCCAUCACCUCUACCUCCCCUCUCUCCUCCAUCACCUCUCCCUCCCCUCUCCCCUCCAUCACCUCUCCCUCCCAUCCCCCAUCACCUCUCCCUCCACUCUCCCUCAUCACCUCUCCCCGAUCACCUCUCCCCCUCCACUCUCCCCCAUCACCUCUCCCUCAUCACCUCUACCUUCCCCCUCAUCACCUCUACCUCCCCUCUCCCCCAUCACCUCUCCCUACCCUCUCCCCAUCUCCUCUCCCUCCCCUCUCUCCAUCAACUCUCCCUCCCUUCUCACACCCCAUCAUCUCUCCCUCCCCAUCAUCUCUCCCUCCCUUCUCUCUCCACAUCACCUCUCUCUCCCAUCGCCCCCCAUCUCUGAAUUAGCUGGUUAACCUUAUUUUGCAGAGGUUUGUCACUAAGCACAAUUCCUGUCCUUUUCCUAAUGUUAAGGGUAUGGGAGAAACUGAUCGAAGAACUGUGCAAGGAUAAUCCUCAGCCCUGACAGGGCCUUGUGGCCUUGUGUACCCUAGCCUAAAAACCAUAUAACGGACAUCCAAUGUGUGUAUAAUAUGAUAUUGUUGUUACUGACAGUAUUGCCCACACCUUGGGGUUUUAUUCCCUCACUUUGGGAGUCUGUUGGUUUUGUGUUUACAGAAGAGUUCUGCCUUAAUUUUCCCUGUCAAGUGAAGUGUGUGGGGAGCAUUAAAACAGACAGAGACAGGCCUUCUAGUGAUGCCAAUGUAACUAUCGUCAUGGGCUCAAGUCGGGGUCAAGGGGUCAAUGUCGGGGUCAAUGUCUGGGUCAAAGGUCAACUUAUACAUGAAUAACUGUGAAUGAAUUAUGAAUUGAUUAUUGAUUGAUUAACUGAGGGAUACCGUACCAAACAUCCCUGGCUUACAUGUUACAUGUGACGUAUUUAUUAUUUGUCGUCUGUUCGUCUGUUGUGCAAUUUUUUAUUGAUUUAAACUGGGACAUAUAUAUAUAUAUAUAUAUAUAUAUAUAUAUAUAUAUAUAUAUAUAUAUAUAUAUAUAUAUGUAUAUACGUGUAUGUGUGUACUAUAUGUAUGUGUGUAUGUUUGUAUAUCAAAGUAUUAUUGUGUAACUGCUUCCACUUGUCUUUAGAAACGACUGUAGGUUGAGAAAGUCGUUCUUCGUUUAGGUGUAGUACAGUGAUAAUAACAUUGAUGUUUCGUAUUAAACAAGCUGUGCGUUUACAUCGGCAAUGAAAGUCGGGUUUAGGUAUUCAUCGAAUUGACAAGAUUUUAACAUUUGCCUGUCAAAAGGCAACUAUGCAAUAACAGCAGUUUCUGUGAUGAUAAAGGCUGGAUAUCUAGUUUCUCUUAGCCAAUAUCCCCUUCAUAUUUAGACUCUUAAGUAUUAGGUUCAAUCUAUCGGCAAUGCUGUAGUCUUCCCUACCUAAUUUGACAGUUUACUUCCAAACAAUCAUUUUAUUUUUGUAAUGAGUUUCUUGAAAAGUAAUUCUGUCCUGCACUGUCUGUAUGCAACCAAUAUUCUUUUUAAGGACUCGACCUCAGCAUUGUUAUUUCUGGCGAGUAUUUACAAUCUAUUUGGUGUGGGAUGCCGAUAGAUUGACAUAGUUGAUUAGAACUGGUAUUUCAAAUGGUAUAUAGAGAAGUACUCAUUAUACAUUUCAAAGUGGUUUUAUAAUAUCCCUACUGCAAUUGCACAUUUUUGCAAUCUUCUGUAGGACACACAACUGACCAAUAGAGCUGUUGCAAUCUUGUAACGCUACUUUAAGACAGAUUGACCUAGAAAUAUAACAGUGAAUCUUACUAAUAUCUGUUUCCAAGGGGUUUAACCCCUUCAUGAUGUGUCAAACAAGUGACAGCAGUAAAUUAUGUCUGGAGAAAGAGAUGAGGGAUGGAGGUAAGAUUACUAUGAUGGUUGGUAAAGGAGAAAGAAGUAGAGAAGUGGAAAUGUUGUCUUGUAACAAAAUUGACAUUUGUAUUUUAUCAGAGGACGUUUUGUAAGUGUGGUGAUGGAUUAAGUUUACGUUUCUGUGUGUUUGAUUCCACAUCCUAUCAUGAUUUAAACAUUUAAUCGUGUGUUUAAUAGAAGAGAUGUAACUAACCAUUACCUCUGUUUACAAAGAUACAGGUCUAUACUUUCAACUUUAUAGUUGGAGGACCUAGAGUGAAGAAUAUUUUUCAUUCAACAUUUUGUAACAGUGGGUAUAGUUGUAUCUUAGCAAUGAAGGCUAUUGACACUUUGGGAACUGUGUUAUUUUGUGAGUAUAGUUGAAGAGAGGUUUGCUACCACUUUUCAAAGCGGAGGUGUAUUUUUCAAAUCACACACAUUGGCUUCUCCAAUAUUUAGAAUGUGUUUAAUGGCUCUAUAAAGGUUGAAUUCAUAGUUGUAUAUUUUAUAUUAUCCGAAAAGGACUAGUGCCUUGUAAAAAGAGAAUAAUUAUUUCGAAAAAUUGUAAGGAAAGUGAAUAAAGAGGAGAGUUGAACUUAGUUUGGAGGUGUAAUUAACUCGUGGCUAGAUGUAACUGCUAGGUGUUUUGCCAAGUCUGAUGCCGGUUCAAGAUGUGAAUACAUAUGGGAAAACAAUACUAUUACCCAUUAGCAAUGAGAACUGGCUAAUGUUUUCCUCGACACCAUUUUGUUGAGUUUGGACGCAGUAACUAAAGCAUCUGGCAAAAACACACACACUGUAGUUAGUCUGUUGUCAUGGAAUCAACAACAAUGUUAUUUUGUAGUCAGUACACUAAUGUGAAUGAGGUUUGCACUAAAAGCUGUAGACUUCAUCCUCGUUCUUUUAACUUUGGCCGGGAUUCAAUACAAUCGCGGGUUAUAUGGUUUGUGGCUUUUAAAGGGCAUUUCCGAUUGAGUCGACAUAUGCAGCGUUUAUUGUGAAUGGGAUCUCCGCGAACGAGGGAACAUUGCCUUUAAAAGCUGCAAUGCCUAUAACCCGCGAUCGGAUUGAAUCCCAGCCUUUCGCUUUUUGAGAUGUCUGUUUAUGACAAGUCUGUUUAUGACUUGUUGAUUGAUUCAACACACACAAGUAUGAGCUUAGUUUGUAAUCUUUCAUUCAAUGUGUGGAUACAGAACAAUUACAUUAAGCAUAAUUGUUUACAACUUGGACCAUCACACUCAGUUAGUGUUAGUUACAUGUAUGUGGGGAGGUGAAGCCUGGUUCCAGAUUUGUUGGUGCUUUCUUGCCAACCCCUAUAGUCAUUGGCACAGCACAAUCACAUCUGGAACAAGGUUACAGGAUAGUAGCCUACUCAUGAAAUAUUAGGCUAGAAGUCAAAUCAAAUCAAAUGUUAUUAGUCACAUGAGCUAAAUAGAGUGAAAUGCUUACUUUACAAGCCCCAAACCAACAUCGCAGUUUAACAAAUACCAAUAAGAAAUAAAAGUAACAAGUAAUUAAAGAGCAGCAGUAAAAUAACAAUAGCGAGACUAUAUACAGGGGGUACCAGUACAGAGUCAAUGUGCGGGGGCACCUGUUAGUUGAGGUAAUAUGUACAUGUAGGUAGAGGUGGUUGGGAGAUGUCGCAUAGCCAUUCUAUGGAUAUUUUAUUUUUAUCAUCUGAACAAAAAGGGUCUUGGAAGGAAAGAAUAGUCGACCAUAUUUGAUGUGAAUCGUGUAGGGGGUUUCAUUCAUUGAUUACAGGUCAUAGUAGAUUAUUAUUUUCUCCCCACAUAACGUUGGGAUCAAUUCUAUAUUUUCACUACAACUGAGCAGAACACUGCUGCUAUCCAAACAUUACCAUAUAUUCUGGUCUAGGCUUUAUUCGCCUCACAACAGCAGUGUAUCAGUACAUGUUUCCAUUAGCUUGGGUAUUAGCCAACUAAACCAAAAGCGCUAAUACCCAUCAACAUCGAUACACAGUAGGCUUAUGAGUGCUCUGACUUUUAAGGAAUACAAUGAUAAGAAUAUCCUUAAGAAUAUAAGAAAUAUCUAGAAGAAUAUAAGGAAAAAAUCAGCCGAGAUAUUUUUGGUCUGAUUCCAACCAGACAAGUUUGUGAAGAAGAAGCCAUGUGUUUGAGAUGGCAUGGAAGCAGCUCAUACAUUGUGUUGUGCAUUUUAAACAUACAGUAUACAAAUACUUCUUCAGAUGUGUUUUUUGUCCUGAAUUUACAUAUACUUGACUUUUCUAGAUCAUUUUCAGUAUGGAUUUGUUGUUUUCUAUGAAAGAUGUGUAUUUUGGAAAAAACUUUAUAGAUGUUACAUUUUCUAAGCAAUUUGCUAAAGAAAACAACCCAAGAGUUAUUUUUCCCAGAAAAAUAUAUUUAGCAAAUGACUGUUUUAUGUAUAUAUUAGAUGGCCAUCAUCUUAAAGGAUCUUAGAUCUGAAAUGUUAUGCAGCUUUGAAGCUUUCUAUGUGAAAAAGGGCCUAUAUAAAGCUUUGAGACAAAUAAAGCUGAGUUUUUCAUUGAUGUUUUACAAUGAUCUGAGGGGUUUAUCCUACAGAAAUAUUUAUGGAAAGAGUUUUUACAACACUUUUUUGUAUAAAAUACGCAACAAAGUUAUACUAAGAAGGAAAUAUUGAUGUCUACAUAGAUUACUAUUAAAAAAAGUUGGUACAUAAUUAUUAAUACCCUUUACUCAAUGAUAAGCCAUUUUGUUUUUGAUGUGUUUUGUUUUGUGUUUAGAAAUGUUAUCAUCAGUAUUAAAUAACCCAGAAUGAUACCCAAGUGCUUUAACUAAUAUGCCUAUGAGUUGCCAUUUGUGUCCUUUAAGUAGCAUGCAUUCAGGUUUUAUUACGAGUUUUACCUUAUUAAGGAAAUGGCAGACAUAAUUACCAAUGUUUUGUUAUUCAAGUUCUAUAUGAUUAAGAUCUUACUAGGUUACGCAAUAAUACUGUUAACAUGCAGAAUACAUCUUUUUGUUCUAUCUUAGUGACUGAUGCUCUCCACUGUAUAUGCACAUUCAACUGUGAGUUGUAGAUUGCUCAAAGCAGCUACAAGGCACUUCUCUGAAAUGUUAUGUUUUUAUUCAUAGUUUAGUACAGAGAGUGUAAUUUACUUCUGUUAAGCAAGUGUGUGAGACAAAACACUUGUAGAAUUUGCAUGUGCAUGUGUUUUGCUUUUAAAUGGAAAAAUAAGUAUUACUUUAUGCAAUGUAUUUAAUUUUAGCACAGUAACGUAGUUGGGCUACAUCGUACGUGCACCAAAUGACACCCUAUUCCCUUUAUAGUGCACUACUUUCGACCAGGGCCCACAGAGGGCUCUGAUCAAAAGCAGUACACUAUGGAGAAAAUAGAGUUCCAUGUGGGACAAACAGUAGUCUCUUAGCAUUCUCAACAACUUCUAAUUGAUUGUUACUAGUCAUAAAAAUGUAUAAUUGACCGAUAGUGUAUACCAAUUAGUAUACCAAUUAAUACAUACUGACUGAGUGUGCUGUUUUAACACUUACAUGGUCAAUUAGAUGUUGUUUUGUUCUUUGAUGUCUGUAACAUUUAGAGAUUGUAACGCUAUAGUUGAAUUGGUGUGAGUGAGUUAGGAUGAUGACUGGGAGGUUGUUGUGGAAACAGAAAAGAACAGAUCUGUUGCAUCACGUCCAUGAAACGGCAUUCCAAAAUGUGCCUUAUUUGUUAGUUAGGAAAACAAAAAACGACUUUAGUGCUUUAGUACUAUUAGGUGUUGUGAUGAAUAAAAUAAAUGUUGAAUUGGAAA